AUGAUAAGUUGUCAUACACAGGUAUAAGAUUAACUAUUUAAAUAUUUAUCACGUUAAUAUAUUAUGAUGAGUUGUCAUACACACCUAUAUAGAUCAACUAGUAUCUACAUACUAGGCAUGUCAAAAAUAUAUCCAAAAUAAAAAUAUAUAUCCAAAAUUAAAAAAUAUCUAAAUAUACAUGCACCCUAAACCGGUAUUAAAAACUUAUAUAAAGUGAGGCUAGCGUUACAAUUUCUUUCACAAACCCUAAAAACUCCCGUUAAAUACGAGGUAACAUCAAAUUAGCCGAGUAAAAUUAAAAAUUCAAUUGAAUUUACCAAGAGAAAGAAAAAAUGCAGAUCUUCGUGAGAACCCUAACUGGGAAAACUAUUACCCUUGAAGUUGAGAGCAGUGACACCAUUACCAAUCUCAAGUCUAAGAUCCAAGACAAAGAAGGGAUUCCACCAGAUCAGCAACGUUUGAUCUUUGCUGGUAAGCAGUUGGAAGAUGAACGUACUCUUGCGGAUUACAACAUUCAGAAAGAAUCGACUCUUCAUCUUGUGCUGAGGCUUAGAGGUGGCAAACCAAUGAAUAUCGAGCCAUCUUUGGUUCAAUUGGCUAAACAAUACAGGCAAAACAAGAUGAUUUGCCGCAGUUGCUAUUCUCGUCUACAUAGUAGGGCUACACAGUGCAGAAAGAAGAAAUGCGGGCACAGCACUGAUUUGAGACCUAAAAAGCCAUCUAAAUUUGUUUAAGCAAUCUUGCAUUUUAUGAUUGGAUUUACGGAGAAGAACGAGAUUUUUCACAGUGAUUGUUUUUAUUUUUUUAUUUAUUUUUUUAUAAUUAUGCAUUAAGACUUCCGUUAAUAUUUUGUCUUGUUAUUUUUCUCUUUUAGCUCCUUUUAUGGGCGUAUAAUACAUUAAUACAGUACUGUUUAAGUAUAAAUUCUGACGAUUAUCAGAACACUUAUUCCUUCGAUUGUUUACUUUACGCUUU